UCCAAAUUUUUCUUAAAAAUCGCCAUAGACUCUUAAUGUUUACUUUAAUGUGGUAUGACACAUGAUUUCUCGAUAUUUGGAAACACAGCGGACCACUCAGGAAUAUUGCAGUCUGAAAUCCGGCCGUUACGGAUACCUUUAGCGGAUAGACUUAGUAUAACUGGUAGACGGAGUUCACUUCCAACCGGAUCUACUGCAUAUAACCGGAUUACAACAAGACAAUCGGAUAGAGGUUACGGAUUUCCGGAUUUUCCGGAUAGUCACAACCAAACAAUCGAUCUGGCUUCCGCAGUAUCGUACCGGACUCAGUCAUCACAAUACCACACGGGGCAGCAGCAAUAUUUUCAUAACCCCAACCCGGAAACGGGGGUCGUUUUCCAGGAUCCAUCCACAUUAGCGGGGUAUACAUCUUACCCGCUGGGGCAGAACGCAUUUACAAGGGGUUUGAAAGCCCAACAUGAAAAUUUAAAGAGGAGUUACAGCACAGGAAGUUCGGAAACUUCACGUUUUUUUACUUCAGGGCCUGCGCCACAUACCGGGAGCAAUAUUGAUCGUUGGGGCCGCACGGACCCCACUUUGGCGUUCCGGGAACGGGGACAUUGCGCUUCUGUUGACGAAAGCGUGCUGAGUGCCGCUGAGCGUCGCCAGAGACUUCGUAACCAGCACAGCGAGGGGGGACUAACGGCAGACGACAUUGCUUUUCUUGGUAGCCAGCAGUACCACACCCCCCAAAAUCCCCAAUUUUUGUCCUCCCAUCAUCACACACAAUUACUUCAAAACAUUGUUGGGAGUAUCGGAAAUUUCGCUACUUCGGGGAAUUUCCCCUCCCCGACUACAGCAUCUCUAGCUCCCCCUACAGGGGGCGGGUCUUCAGCCGCAAACUUAAGCGUAGCAGCUGUGGCGGCAGCGGCGCAAAGAUACCCGCAGUUAUUAGCGGGACCGGCUGCAGCGGCAUUAGCAGCGGGAAUUGGGUCUUCAUCUUCCCCUAGAACUAAUCUAACAGACCCCGGGGUCCUGGAAGUUGCUACAUUGUCCCAAUUCCAACACAAACAGCCCCAACAAGGGUAUUCCCGCCCCGGGGAAGAGUUUGUUCACCCCUCGCUGCAUUACCACCGGCACAACAGUGCUGCAGGUAUAAGCCCCAACACUGCGGCAGCAAUGCUAGCCUACGACACACCGCCCUACAGCUUCUGCUCUAUCCAGGACGAAUUUCAUCCGUUUAUCGAGGCGCUCCUCCCCCACGUGAAAAGUUUUGCUUACACUUGGUUCAACCUGCAAGCUAGGAAAAGAAAAUAUUUCAAAAAACAUGAGAAACGAAUGAAUUCCGAGGAAGAGAGGGCAGUGAAAGAGGAAUUAUUGCAUGAAAAACCAGAAGUUCAACAGAAAUGGGCGUCACGGCUUCUUGCUAAACUUCGGAAAGAUAUUCGACCCGAAUUCAGGGAGGAUUUUGUCCUGUCAAUCACCGGAAAGAAACCGGUUUGUUGUAUUUUAUCGAACCCGGACCAGAAAGGAAAAAUCCGGAGAAUAGAUUGCCUGAGACAAGCGGACAAGGUCUGGCGACUCGAUUUGGUGAUGGUAAUUCUUUUCCGGGGAAUCCCCCUUGAAUCAACAGACGGCGAACGGUUGAGUAAAUCUCCUCAUUGCGGCCACAAUGCUGGUUUGUGUGUUCAGCCUUAUCAUAUCAGCAUCACCAUUAAAGAACUGGAUUUAUAUCUGGCCAGUCACGUUCGGCAUGAAGAAUCAACUGAAGAAGGCAAUCGAGACGAUGACGAAGUAUUACGUGAAGAUGAUGUUAAAGGCACAAUCGGAGCUGUCCCUUCGUUCAAAACAAGUGGGGUCUUCGGGGUUCAAGAGAUUUACAGGAUUUCAAAAACGCCUAUCAUAUCCGGGGACGUUCACAACCUUCCCAUCAAUCACAGCAUUGAGAGUUCGUCGCCAUAUUACUACUCCCACCAUCAUGAAGGAAGAAUGCCACAGAGCCCUCUAGUGAUGAGACAACCUUCGUCGGGAAGUCAUUCAUCGAAUAAGCGCUUGAAAUCGUCGGGCAGCAGUAUGUCGACUGAAGAUCAGAAUGGAUUGGAGAGCGGUGGAGAGAAUGAAAAUGAAUCGUCGUUCUACAGCAGGCAACCCGGGUCCCAUCAUAGCUGGCAUGGGUCGGAUAUGGAUCAAGCAACAACAAGUCCACUUCAAUCUCCAACGAAUAAAACUCCCAGAAAUUCAAAUGAUCAUCCGGGAACGAACGUUUCAUCUGCAGGUGGAAAUUCGGGAAUGCCCCCUCCCCAUACACCCGGAGUUUCAACAAGCUCAACCCCUACGUCAUCUUUCCCAAGACUGCAAGCAGGUUCAUGGCACCCAGUACUGCAGCAGCCCCAUGCCUUUCCGUACCCCCAUACCCAAGCUUUCGGUCACCCAAGUCAGGACUUAAAAGAUUUUGCUCAGUUCGCUUGUUUAAGUGCAGAAGCCGCAAAACAUCAUCCUAGUCAGUUACUCAGCUAUCAUCCUUCUUCCGGAGUCAGAGGUCAUGACGGGUCACAGGAGAGUUCAAGAUGGCCGACGACGCAGGGUUCCUUGGACGAGACGUCAGCUGUGGAUUUCCAUCCUAUGAUACCGAACGACAGGAUUCAAGGCGUAGUACCAGGACUGAAUCCAGACGAGACCUUGGUUGCAGAGGAAAGACUUUUCCCGCCUAUUCCACCUGGGGGAAUGAUGGACAACUCAUCAGCCAAUGGAAGCGCAGCUUCAGCGGCUCAAGCCCCACCUAUGUCUAACGACAAAUGAAAAGACGUUAUGCGUGAAUAAAUUCGCGCCAAAAAAUUUAAAAAACGUGGGGAGGAAAAGGGGAGGCACAAAAACUGGAUCGGUCUUGCCGUCAAGAAAAUUAUUUUAAAAAAAUGGCUGCACUGGCCAUUUGAAGUAAUGCCAGUUGAAUCAUUAGAGUCUGUUGACCCUCAGUGGUAAAUUUUCUGUUUCUCUUCCGGGUAAAUGGCCAAUUAAUGACUAACGAGUUACAUGAUAUUGGUCAAGCAACGCUGAACAUUGUCAAAAUAAGCCAACAUGUACUUUUAUAUUAUCCUAUUCAUUGAAGUUAACCUCCAGCGUUAAAUUUCCUGCUUUUUAUUCCGGAUAACACGUCGAUGUCAAAGGUCAGAGCUAUUUUUCCUCUGCUUUAAUCACAAAUGAUCAAGCGUUGUUCGUAGAUAAACCGUACCUGGAAAGCACGUUUCGUACUUAGCCCAAACUUGGCCAUAUAUAUUUCAUCAAAACUUUGAGACUGAUUGACAGUAUUUAUGUUCAAAGGUUGGUACUCCCGAAUGUAAAAAUGUGAACCAAUGUUCAGGUGCAAUUACUACCAGAGUCACAUGGCUAGUCGCUGAACUCGUAAUAGAACUAAAAUAAAGAAAAUCGCAAGGAAAUUAUGGCCUAGCCCUAACCUGGUACACUUACUACGUUUCGGUGUCCGCCAUCUUGGUUCACAUACUUCGGGAGUACUCACAUACUCCAAGCCAAAAUGACCAAACACACCAAAUUGUGUUUUUUGGCCAACCGAUCCAAAAUGGUUUAUACAACGCCUUUACACGUCUUAUACUCUGACCAAUGUGCAAGCAGUCACUGAUAUGCCAUUUAGCUACUAUAAUUUACAAAAACUCGAGCAAUUGCGGUCCCCCCUCCCCCUAAAAAAAGAAAACCCAAUCGAAUCGUCGCCAUUUCAAAUGAAUUAUAUCUUUCUGAACUCUAAAUUAUAUUUUAAACGAACUCAAUUGUUAAACCUUUUUUCCGUUUUAUCAGAAUUUUCAUCGAAUAUAUUCGGUUCGAUUCUAAAUUCUAGAACUUUGCUACUAACUGAUCACACAAAGUGGAAAGUUCAAUAUUUUAAUCAUUUUUAAAAUUUUAUCUCUGUUAUAUUCUUAUUUUUUGACUCGUUGUUUUAUCUAUAGAUAAUGAAAUAUGUCAUAAACAGUUUUUCCGUUAACUCUUAUCUACUUAUCAAAUAUCUAGAUAACAAAUGUCUCGCUAUCUUUGCCUUGAUACCCCUUAACUUUU